AGGGGCGGUGCGGGUGAGGGUUGGGGGGGCCAAAAAAAGGAAGGGAAAAGAAUGAGCUGCUCGCAAAGCCCGAAGCACACGGAGCGCUAUGAACUUUGAGCACCCCACGAUUGCAAGGACGAAUCGAAGAAGAAGAAGACGAAGAUAACUACGAGGAGGAGGAGGAGGAGCGCGAAAGAAAGUAAGGAGAGAGGGAGAGAGAGGGAGGGAGAGCAACGUCGGCAUCGGUUUCGAUCCUUUUUUUUUUUUUUCUCUCCUUCCUUUGGGUUCUCAAUACGAGCUUCAUCUUCUCCUCCUCCUCGCUGCUAAUGCACAUGUAAGUCCAAAAUCUCUCCUUUUCGUCUCUCCGUGUUGCUACCUGCACCCCGCUCGCUAAUACUAGCGGAGAAAAGGGAUUUUGGGGCCGGAUAUGGUAAUCUUCUGGAGGUCUUGUUGCGGAAUUUUUGUGGCAGAUCUUUCCAUCGCUGGGAUAAGGGAAGAGGAAAAAUGGAAACUUUGGUGUUCUUUUAUGGAAAUUGGGGGAUCUGUGCCCGGUAUCGUCCGUGCUAGGCAAAUUACUUGCUCGCAGCUUUUAGAAGGAAAUAGAUGGCUGCAACUCAAUCAAAGUAAGGGGCUGGAUUUGGCGUGGCUCAAGGGUAUGUUAGAUAGGAAGUCGUGUUUGAUCACGAGAGCAUUGUCAAGCUCCCGCGAACAAGAAUCCAAGUGGGUUUACAUGACCUACCAUCUCCUUGAGAUCACGACCACCAAGCGCGCUCCAUCUGUAGAACCUUUAGAGCUAGAAGAAACUGCUAAAGUGAAGAGGUCCAAGUCCACGGAGCUCCAAGAGCCUCCCUCAUCUCUUGAUGAAUCCUGUUGUCCAAGCGAUGACGAUAACCAUUUUUCUGAUACAAACUCUCUUAUCGGCCAAAUUGGCCGUGACAUGUCUAUCAAGUGUCUGGUUCAAUGCUCUCGAUCCGACUACGGCACCCUUGCAUCCCUCAACCGGGCUUUUAAUUCCCUGAUACGAUCUGGUGACCUCUACAAGCUGCGGCGGCAUGAUGGGAUUAUCGAGCACUGGAUUUACUUCUCCUGCAACAUAAAUGAGUGGGAAGCAUAUGAUCCGUAUUGUGGUCGCUGGAUCAACCUUCCAAGAAUGCCCCCGAAUGAUUUCUUCAUGCGCUCGGAUAAGGAAUCAUUGGCUGUGGGCACCGAGCUCCUUGUUUUUGGAAGGGACUAUACAUCUCGUAUUUCCCAUAUAAUACUGAGGUAUAGUAUUUUAACAAAUUCUUGGUCCCAAGGUGUUGAAAUGAACUCCCCUAGGUGCUUAUUUGGAUCUGCCAGCUUUGGGGAGAGAGCUAUUGUAGCUGGUGGCAUAGAUGCUCGAGGUACUAUAUUGAGUUCUGCAGAGCUUUACAAUUCUGAAACACAAAAUUGGGUGUCUCUUCCUAGCAUGAAUCAACCAAGGAAGAUGUGCUCAGGUGUCUUCAUGGACAACAAGUUCUAUGUCAUCGGAGGAAUGUCUAGCCCUACAGACUUGCUGACAUGUGGGGAAGAAUAUGAUAUGAAGAAAGGUACUUGGAGGGUUAUUCCAAGUAUGUCCCUGGGGCUCAAUGGCCCGAGUGGUGCACCUCCACUUGUUGCGGUAGUUAAUAAUGAGCUAUAUGCAGCUGACUAUGCGGAAAAGGAGGUUAGGAAGUAUGACAAGCAGAGUAACUCUUGGAUCACUUUGGGAAGAUUGCCCGAGAGGCCAGAUUCAGUAAAUGGUUGGGGCCUAGCAUUUCGGGCUUGUGGUGAACGGCUCAUAGUAAUCGGUGGACCACGAGUUCUUGGGGGUGGGAUGAUUGAACUCAAUUCAUGGACACCGAGAGAUGGGCCUCCAGAGUGGAAUAUGAUUGCCAGCAAGCACUGUGGAAGCUUUGUGUAUAACUGUGCUGUGAUGGGCUGCUGAGUAUCUGAAGAAUUGCUGCAUAUCUUCUGGCAUUAGGAGGAUAUGCAAGAUUGGUUGAUCAAAGGGCAUAAAUAACUGAUUCUGCCAGGGUAAUUUCUGCCUUUUUGAAAUUUCAGAUUUUACUCAGGAUUUAGUAGAACACUCUCUUCUAUGUAACUCUCUUUCUUUCAUCUUCUAGCUUUUCCCUGAUCUCAUUUCAAAACCAAAAAUUUUAACUUCUUCCAAAUUAUCUUUUAGCAUGAGAGUGUUCACAUGGAUCAUGCAGUACAGCCACACAUAAUAAUAUGAUGUAUCUGCAUGUUCUUAGGUUUCUUUUUUAAACUCUUUAUUUUUGUUAGCUUCACACUGUACUAUUCUGCCAUUUCAUUGUUGUUGCCUCCAUCUUGAGGAAAUAAAAUUGGUCAUCAGUUCUUUUGUA